CCUAACCAACUACACCACAGACCAGAUGGAGGAAACUAGCUGACAUGCCAAGAAGAGUCUGUGUGUCUAGGGAAGCUUGGGGUUCGGUGCUGUUUACUUCAAGGGAGCCUGAACUGUUAGAGCUGAGGCAAGUGGUUUCAGGAUAUGUAUUUUGUGCUAACAACUUUCUAGAAACAUCUUGAUUAAGGAUAUCAGGCCUAGAAGGAAGUUGGGAGAUAUGUUCUGGGAGAUGCAUGAUUGAUGAUACAGGUAUCAGCAUGAAAGGGCUGUCAGGUUGAGAGCUGAAGUUCUGUCCAACAACCAAGGCAUUUUCUCCAUGAACAAGCUGCUGGUCAAGAACUAAGCUGUUUGAGACAGGGCAUGUUGGAGAACCAAGGAAAAAUCUGAAGACCUUAUAAAAGCUACACAUGAAGAACAUGUCAUUUGGUAACUUCACUUUUUGAUCACUACAGAAGAAAAGUCACACCAUAACAAUGACAACUACUUCAGUCAGCAGAUGGCCUUGCUCCUCCCAGGGAGCGUGCUUUGUAACUAACCACAGCGACCAAGUGCCACACAACUCAGCAACACCAAAUUCUACUGCCUGCCCCAUGGAUGAAAAAUUACUGUCUCGUGUGUUAACUGCAUUCUACUCUGUUAUUUUCAUUAUGGGACUGUUUGGAAACAUAAUUGCCCUCUAUGUAUUUCUGGGUAUCCAUCGUAAAAGAAAUUCCAUUCAGAUUUACCUCCUUAAUGUAGCCAUUGCAGAUCUCUUACUUAUCUUCUGCCUCCCUUUCCGAAUAAUGUAUCACAUUAACGAAAACAAGUGGACACUAGGUGUGAUUCUUUGCAAGGUUGUGGGAACACUAUUUUAUAUGAACAUGUACAUUAGCAUUAUCUUGCUUGGAUUCAUCAGUUUGGAUCGCUACAUAAAAAUUAAUCGGUCUAUACAACAACGAAAGGCAAUAACAACCAAACAAAGUAUUUAUGUUUGCUGUACAGUAUGGACAGUAGCUCUUACUGGAUUUUUAAUUAUGAUCAUUUUAACCCUUAAGAAAGGAGGUCACAAUUCCACAAUGUGUUUCCAUUAUAGAGAUAAGCUUAAUGCAAAAGGAGAAGCAAUUUUUAACUUAGUUCUUGUGGUGAUGUUCUGGCUAAUUUUCCUACUAAUAAUCCUUUCAUAUAUUAAGAUUGGCAAGAAUCUAAUGAGGAUUUCUAAAAGAAGGUCAAAAUUUCCUAAUUCUGGCAAAUAUGCCACUACAGCCCGGAAUUCCUUUAUCGUGCUUAUCAUUUUUACUAUAUGUUUUGUUCCCUAUCACGCCUUCCGAUUUGUCUAUAUUUCUUUACAGCUAAAUGUGCCAUCUUGUUAUUGGAAGGAAAUCAUUCACAAAACCAAUGAGAUUAUGCUGGUUUUCUCAUCUUUCAAUAGCUGCUUAGAUCCAGUCAUGUAUUUCCUGAUGUCUAGUAAUAUCCGAAAAAUAAUGUGCCAACUUCUUUCUAGAAGAUUUCAAGGGGAAUCAAGCAGGAGUGAAAGCACUUCAGAAUUUAAACCAGGAUACCCCCUUCAUGAUAUGUCUACUGUAGCUAAAAUUCAAACUAAUUCCUAAAGCAUUUGAGGUAAACAUAUUAAAAAGCUUCAAUUUCUUGAAGAACUAAAUAUUAUGAAACAAAAACUCAAGCAUUUACAAGGGUCGGUUCUUCUCGAAGCUCCUUUCUUAUUUGUGAUAUUGAAAGGCUUACACUGAUCACUAGAUUUUAAAUCUGUAUGUAAAUCUUAAAAAUAUACUGUUAAGCUAACACUCAAUGUAGAUUAUAAAAUUAAGUUAAAUUUAUGGCUUUAACAGAAUAAUUAAAUGAAAUGUCAGUUUCUCAAGUCACUAAAGUAGUUACUCAAAACUAAGUACCUAAUUCUAAUUUCAAGUGUGUUUCAAAUAAGUUAAAUGAUGGGAGGGCUGAUUUAAAAUGUCAGAAAAUAUAUGUUGAUUAUCACUUCAAAAGCUUGUAAAUUUGCCACUGUAUUCAUUGAUGCCUAAACCUGUAUAACAGAUGAAAUGAUAAUAAACUUAUAAUAAAAAAUGAAAUCACUGCUUAGAUAAAAUGGGAAGAAUUUAAAUAUUGUGCAGUAAAAUCAAACAGAUAAGCUAAGAAUUCCAUAGUCUAGCAACAGGACUUAAAACUAAGCCAUCUUGAACCACACUUGGACAAAGUAAAAUUGAAAAUAUGCACACCCUAUACAACUUAUAGAACCUCAAACACAUAUAGAACAACACAUAUGUAAUGAUGCUCAGUGAACAUCUGAUGUUCAUAAUGAUGUUCAUAAUAGUAAACAAUUGGAAAGAACCUAAGUGAGUAUGCAUCACCAAUGAAUGGCAAACUAACCUGUGGCUUAUUCACAAAAUAGAGUACUGCAUAGCACUUAAAUGAAAUGAAUUACACCUGCAUGCAUGAACGGAAUCCUCAAAAACAAUGCUGAAUUAAAAAACAAACUGCAAAAGAGUAUGUAAUGUAUGAAAGCAGUUAAGUAAAAUACAAAAAUACAUGAAACAGUACCAUUUUCUUUAUGGUUCUAUAUUUACACAAUAAAAAUAAAAAAACAUGCAUGGUAAUAUAUACAACAUGCACACCAACUAAAAAUAAACGGUUAUAUCUGGAGAGAUUUGAAGCAAACAUAGUAAAAUGUUAAUGUCUGUUAAAACUGUGUGGUAGUAUAUGGGUAUUUGCUAUAUUAUUUUUGGUAUAUU